AAGAAGCUACCAAAUCAUUCACUACAUUUUGGCGCCUUAGGUUGAGCAUUUCGAAUAUCUUGCUGUAGUUUUCCACUAGAUCACAGCCCCUUUCCCCACCAACUCAAGCCCUCAAAUCUUUCUAUCUUCCAAAUUCAAGGUUUCAUCUUCUGGGUUUUCUGGGCAUAAUUCACAUCGCAAAAUGGAGCAGCAGCAGCGAAACCCAAGGGCAGUGGCUCAAGAAUCAGAAGAAAUGGAAGAAAUUCAACAUGGCCCUUCUCCUGUCGAACAAUUACAGGCAGCUGGUAUUGCGGCUAUGGAUGUUAAGAAGCUUAAAGAUGCUGGCUUAUGUACAGUUGAAUCUGUUGCCUAUUCUCCUCGCAAGGAGCUUCUUCAUAUUAAAGGAAUUAGUGAAGCAAAAGUUGACAAAAUAAUUGAAGCAGCUUCAAAACUGGUUCCUUUGGGCUUUACCAGUGCUACUCAACUCCAUGCACAGAGACUUGAGAUUAUUCAAAUUACAUCUGGCUCUACAGAGCUUGACAAAAUUUUAGAAGGAGGACUUGAGACGGGAUCAAUCACAGAAUUAUAUGGCGAGUUUCGUUCUGGAAAGACUCAACUGUGUCACACGCUCUGUGUCACGUGCCAACUGCCGUUAGACCAAGGAGGUGGUGAAGGAAAAGCAAUGUACAUUGACGCAGAGGGGACAUUUAGGCCGCAGAGACUUUUACAGAUUGCAGAGAGGUUUGGGUUGAAUGGUGCUGAUGUGUUAGAAAAUGUGGCCUAUGCAAGAGCAUAUAACACCGAUCAUCAGUCAAGGCUUUUGCUUGAAGCAGCAUCGAUGAUGGUGGAAACAAGAUUUGCUCUUAUGAUCGUAGACAGUGCUACUGCACUCUAUAGGACAGAUUUCUCAGGGAGGGGUGAGUUAUCAGCUAGACAAAUGCACCUUGCCAAGUUCCUUAGGAGCCUUCAGAAGCUGGCAGAUGAGUUUGGUGUUGCUGUGGUCAUUACAAAUCAAGUGGUUGCCCAAGUGGAUGGUUCUGCAGUCUUUGCUGGUCCACAAAUCAAACCAAUUGGUGGCAAUAUAAUGGCUCAUGCUUCCACAACCAGAUUAGCUCUCCGAAAGGGAAGAGGGGAGGAGCGCAUAUGUAAAGUAAUAAGCUCCCCAUGCCUUGCUGAAGCUGAAGCAAGAUUUCAGAUCUCUUCCGAAGGUGUUACUGAUGUUAAAGACUGAUACCUAAUCCUCUGCUUUCGCCUCUCUCAUGUAAUCUUGCUACUGUCAGUGGAUGUACACAACAGCUGUUUUUCUUCACCAUUGCUCUACGGAUGAGGUCUUACUGAUUUCAAUUUCUCAUUGUUGCCUGGAGGUUGGGGGAGGGUGUAAAUUCUGUUAUGUAGAUUAGUAUAAUAGCAAAUCUACAAAUGUAGAUCCUUUGCUUAGAUGCGUUUUUCAGGUUCUUGUAUACAAUUGUCCUAUUACACCGAUUUCCAUUAAAUUGGCUUCGAUCUUUUUGUUAUUAUCAAGCUUGUCUACUUAUUUGUCUUCAA